AUGAGAUCAGCCUACAUUUUGCUCUCUGCAUACGCUGCUUCAACCAAUGCGUUAGUCAAGGGUCGUGAACAAAUUAAGCUUGAAUAUAGCGAUCUUGCGACGGUCUCGUCUGUCUGGAAGAUUGAACCAAGUUUAACUAGAACAGUCACCGACGAGAACGGAAGUCUAACCACUGAAUAUCUAUGGUGGAUACCGGCUACUAAGUCUGCCUAUGUUGAAUCAGAUGGCGGUGUAAUCUUCCCCGGAGCAAGCGAUGUACCAGCUGGCGCUGUGCCAGUCGCUCCGGGCGCUGUCGAGCCAGCUGCUACCGAACCAGCUGCCGCUCCAGCUGCUAGCGAACCAGCGGCCGCUCCAGCUGCUAGCGAACCAGCGGCCGCUCCAGCUGCUAGCGAACCAGCGGCCGCUCCAGCUGCUAGCGAACCAGCGGCCGCUCCAGCUGCUAGCGAACCAGCGGCCGCUCCAGCUGCUAGCGAACCAGCUGCCGCUCCAGCUGCUACCGAGCCGGCUGCCGCUCCAGCUGCCGUCCCAGUUCCCGUUGUAGCUGGCGAUUCUUCCGCUACCGAAGCUCAAACUGCUGCUGCAUCUGUCGCCGCUGCAUCUGUCGGCGCUACUGAAGCUCAGACUGCUGUUUCAUCACUCGCUGCUACCGAAGCUGAGACUGUUGCUGCAUCCGGUGCUGCUGGCUCCAGUUCCGCUGCUGUUUCUGCCUUCGCUUCUUCUGGUUCCGCCGCUGGCUCCAGCGCCCUAGGUUUAAUGACAGCGGUCGUUACCAACUCCUCUUCAAUCGCGACAGCUUCUCGUAACUCCACCAGCGCCGCCACAGGGGGCUUCAACCAGACCUCCAGUUCUGGUGCCUCCGGUGCUCGCUCUAGCUCUGCAUCUACCCUUACAUCAGGUUCUGAAUCAAGCGGUUCUGGAGCUGGAGCUGGAGCUGCCUCUGCCAAUUCAGCUGGAAGCUCCACAGCUACCUCCAGUGUCAGAGGCGCCGCUGCAAGACUAGGUUUCGGUAUUUUCGACAUUCGCGAACCAGCUAGUAUUCCAGUCACCGGCUGGACUGCACUAGCGGCAGUUGCCGCUGCAGCCUUUGUCCUAUAA